ACUCAUAGAUUUCUAAGGAAAGGACGGAAUCAGCAGCUGCCCAGCCCACUUGGGGUGCAACAAACCAGUGCCUCCAUGUGAAGGUGGUGAUGGAUGGACCCAGCUUCUCCUUUCCCUCUUAAGCGGUCAGUUUCCUUCUUGCUGUUUGUGGGUAGCCAGGGGAUAUCCUGAGUGGUUAUUUCCUUAUAGUGUGCACAAACCCAAGGAUUCUCAUGACACAAAACCACUCUGAAACGGAUGUUGCGGCUCACCUCUUUCAGUGUUGACUCUAAUAGUUCAGAGCAGAGGAAAACACCUCACACAGGCCUAUGACCACUGCUGUUUUACUAUAAAGGUGCCCAUAUUCAUGUCUGAGGCCCUAAAAAAACCGACAUCAGCCCCAAAUACUUGAAAAACAGCCUCUUUCUCUACAGACACUCUUGGGUGUUAUGAUUGUCAGAGGUGAGGGGUGAGGGUCCCUGGGCAGUUUUGCCGCCCUCAGACGUUCAGGGGGUGGCAGGCCCAGGAGAGGGCUUUCUUUGUGGUAGCCCCUCAGCUGCAGAAUUCCCUGCCCACAAAGGUGAAUCUGCCACCUUAGUUAUGUACAGUGGUACAUCAGGUUAAGAACUUAAUUCGUUCUGGAGGUCCGUUCUUAAGCUGAAACUGUUCUUAACCUGAAGUACCACUUUAGCUAAUGGGGCUUCCCGCUGCCGCUGCACCACCACGGCACGAUUUCUGUUCUCAUCCUGAAGCAAAGUUUUUAACCUGAGGUACUAUUUCUGGGUUAGCCAGGUCUGUAACCUGAAGCAUCUGUAACCCGAGGUACCAUUGUAGUUUUUGUUGAAUGCUAAAUAUGCAAAUAUUUGCCCUGGCUGUUGACGUCUGAGCUAUAUAGAUUUGGACCCACCCUAGCAUCUCGAUUGUCGGAUGUUUUAAACCUUUUAAUGCUCUGUUUUCUAAUCACUGUACUGUUGUUGUCAAAUUGUUGUAACCUGCCCUAGGAUCUCCUGGUGAAGAGUGUGUGAGAAGGCAUAAAAGUAUUAGUAAUCAUCAUCAUAGCAACAAUAUCAUAUUUUACUGUAUCUUGUUAAGUUGCUUUGAUAUUUUCUUUUUUGCAAAAACAACAAAUGUAAACAACAACAGCAAUAAUGCUACCCCCAUCUUGCAGAGCCCAGCUUGCCUCAGCCAGAAGUCGGACAUUUAAGUUUGUCCAUUCCCAUACUUUUCCAGCAGAGAUUCAGCAGGCAUCCUUGCUUUUCACUUUCAGGUGUCUCUUGAAGGCUUUAAAAAAAAAAAAAAAUGCCCACAGGUCUAUGCAGUUGUUUAAAAGUUUUAUUUCGUUUUAACGAUCUUUUGGUAUUGCUUUUUAAGUUUCCUCUUUGCAGUACACCUCCCUGAUGUCUUACGAGAGGGUGAUACUUUCAUAAACAAGAUAAACAAAAAGACAUAUUGCAAGCUCAGUUUUGAAAAAUGACUCCGAGAGUGAGCAUCCCAGAACAGAUACCUCAGAAAAGAGUCUCUGCCCCACCCCACCCCUGCAAUACCUCCCAUCCCAUUUGCUAGAAUGGCCUCCCCAAGUAGACCCACCCUUACACCCACUUUCUUAAGGUUUAGGUGCUAAGUUAGGGUGCUUCCAUAUGGGCAUAUUGGCAGAACACGGAUUUUCAGAGCAGGGACCUGAUGGGAUAUUCAUAUCGCAUUCCUGUAAUCACUGUUUUAUCUGGGGUGUCUCAUUGUUAUGCUGCUUCUGUCGUUUUUAUGAUUUCUCUUUUAAGCUUCUAAAUCUAUUGUUAUGGUGAUUGUCUCGUGCUCUUUUUUUUUACGAUGAUAAUGUUAUUUAUUAUGUUGCCUUACAGUGAUUGUUCUGUGUUUUUAGCGUGAGCCGCUUUGGGAAUGUUAGCUUGAAAUGGGAAAUGGGCUAUAAAUAUUUGAAAUGACAUAUAAAUACAAAACAGUCCCUUGUCACCAACCAGUCGCCCAAUGCAUUAACGGGGCUGCUUCUGCUAGUCCAUGUUGGUUGAUCCCUGCUAAUGCUCGUGAUUUUAUUUAAUUCAUCGUUGCUGCGCCGACAGAUGACACAGGAACCUUCGGAUUUGUCAGCCGUUCUGAUUAGCUCUUCUUGUGUCACAGGGCGGGAAUAAAAAUAGCUUAAACAAAUAACUAAACAAAUAAAUGGAAGGCUUUCUAGGCAAAGGGUCCAGCUGGAGUAAGUGCCUCGUGUUAUCUCUUCCUCCUCUGUCUCUGUCUCUGUCUCUCUGUCCUGGAAAGCUUCCCACAGUUUUCUUGGCUUAGUUGACUUUGCACAGAUAAUGGUACAAAGUUCUUACUGUUAUUUCGAAGGAGAAUUUAAUACAUUUGUGCCUUAUCUAGCUUGGCUAGGACAAAUGCAGUUCCCACGUGGGUAUUCUCAAGGUUAUAGCAACAAGCAAGUUACCUUGUACUUUAUAAUACUUGAAAUAAAUAGAAGGAAGUUUCAGUGGUGAUAGGCUGGUAAUCACAGCAACAAAACUCUCAUGCUCUCAGGGAGAGGGUCAUACAGACACCCCCCCCAAGUGUCCCUAUUUUCCAGGGACAGUCCUGGAUUUACAGAAGCCGUCCGUUUUCUGAUUUUAUCCCAGAAUGUCCUGCUUUUCCUUAGGACAUCUCUAUUUUCAUCAGAGAAAUGUUGGAUGGUAUGGAGUUAUGCGACACACACACCCCCGAGCCAAGGAGAUAAAUAACUAUACACCUUUUAGAAGACAUCUGAAGGCAGCCCUGUAAAGGGAAGUUUCUGAAUGUUUAAUGUUUUAUUAUUUUUUUAUAUAUGUUGAAAACAACCAAGAGUGGUUGGGCCAGAUGGGUGGGGUAUAAAUCUUGUUGUUGUUGUUGUUGUUGUUGUUGUUAAAUAGGAUGUCCCAAUUUUCAUUGGAGAAAUCUUGGAAGGUAUGGGCAGAUACAUGUAUCUCCACACCCCAAAAUUUCUCACACUGCUCUUAGCCCAAAAUGGUUGGCAUCCAAUCCAAUCCAUCUAAAAACUAGGGUCACAUAUGUACCAUUAACUGUGUGACCUACAGACCUUAACUCACUUUAAGUCCACUUAUAUCCACACUGUAAGAGUGAAGCAAAGGUUUGGUCUCAUGUCCAAUGAGUGAGCAGCCAUAUAUUUACCCAGUUGAGGAGUGAAUUACCUGAGUAACCCCUGAAGGCUGCAACCCCCUUACACAUAUUACCUGGGAGUAAGUUUCACUGAACCCAGUGAGGCUGACUUCUGAGUAGACAUGCACAGGACUGCACUGAAAAAACACGGAACUUUGUCUACAUAUGUGUGCCAGCAAAUAUUUAAGUUUAGCCAACUGCGUGGUGUUCUCUUCUCUGUUACUUGAAUUAAGAUGUUGGCCAGCACAGUCUCCUUUGCUUGCAUGAGUAGCAGAGAAUCUGCAGAAGCCUCCUGUGUGGAAGGAGCCCAAGGUUUCCAGCUGGCAGCUUGGUUUUCAAAUGCCAGCCUGCUUGUAUUUUGCUGCUCAUGAAAAUGAGCCCUUCUAGAUAAGACCAAGGCCACAUUCACUCCAUACACUGAAAGUCCUAUGCUACCACUUUAAACAGUCAUGGCUUCCACCAAAGAAUUGUAGAGGGAAGAACAUCAGCUCCAACAUUUCUCCAAUGAAAAUAGGGACGUCCUAAGGAAAAAGCAGGACCUUCUGGUAUGAAAUCAGAAACCAGGACGGCUUCUGUAAAUCUCAGAAAAUAGGACACUUGGAGGGUCUGGAAGAAUUCCAGGUUUGCUAAAGGUGCGGAGAGAGCUGUUAGGAGACCCCUAUUCCCCUCACAGAGCAACAGUUCCCAGAGUUCCCUGUGAAAAGGGAUUAGUUGUAAACAACUCUGAGAAUGAUAUAUCUGUGAGGGGAACAGGGGCCUAACAACCCUCAACACCUUUAACAGACUACAGCUCCCAAAAUUCUUUGGUGGACACCAUGACCUUGUAAAGUGGUACCAUAGCGCUUUCAUCUUUUGGUGUGAAUGGCCCCCACUAUUAUAUCUAAUACAGCAGGAGUAGCCGAUUUGAUGCCCUCCACAUGUUGCUGGACUUUAAUUCUCAUCCCUGACCACUGGCCAUAUUGACUGAUGGGUGCUGGAGGCUGACAACAUCUGGAGGGUACCACACUGACUAUCCCUAUAUAACACAGCAAUCUCCUUCCCAGGGUAGCCAACCAGGUAACUCCAGAAAGCCCACAGCCAGGGCCUGAUGGCAACAGUCUUCUCUCAUUAGUAUUCAAUGUAGGGUACCAGAUGCAAAAGAUGACAGAGCGCCAGCUUGUCUUGCAUGACAAGCUACACCUGCUCAAAUUCCCUCUUCUAACAUGAACAACUUGCCCCUUCUGCAUGACAAGUGACACCCUCUUCAACGCAGUUAUUGCAGGCGCAGGAGACCACCUCGAUUCAUAUCUGGCUGCUCCAGCCAAGAUUGGUUCCUUUUGCUUGUUGGGUUCCUUGCUUUUGCCACUCUCUCUUCUCUCUAGACCCGCCCCCCCUCCUGCCUCAGAGCCCCUUUCCUGGUCUGCAGCUGGCCUGGCAUGCUGCAGGUAAAUGUGAAUCUCCAUCAAGAGCCAUAGAGGGGAGUGACUAGUUAGCAGGGUGGGCAGGUGGCAAACCUUCUGCACAGCUGCUACAGGUGCAGGAGCCUUGUCCGCUUUUGUAUCUGGUCACCCUGGCUGCUACUAGGAGAAGGGCUGUAGAUCUGUCGCAGGCAGGUUCCACGGUUCAAUCUCUGACAGCUCCAGGUAGAACCGGGAAAGAUCCUUGCCUGAAAUCCCAGCCAGUCAGUGUAGACCAGGAAUGAGGAACCUACAACCCUCCUGAGGUUGCCUGACUACAACUCCCAUCACCCCCUGACCGUUGGCCAUGCUACCUGAGGGGAAUUGUAGUCCAACAAUAUCCAGAGAGCUGCAGGUUCUCCCCACUGGUGUAGACAACAUUUAGUGUACACUGGUGUAGACAAGAUUUAGGGGAGCUAGUCUCGAACGUUUGUUGGGGGAGACCUAGGUUUUUUUGGGGGGGGAGUUAUUUGUCCGUCUUCACGCUUUUUAUGAUGGAGGACCGCUGUAGCCACCCCCAACGACACGUUCUCAAGAUGGAGGGGCAGAGAACAGCUGCAGUCACCUGCGGUUCCUGCGCAAUGUUUGCCAUCUUGCCAAAGGUUGCAGGCAGCUUUACCUGCAGCAAUUGCAUGUUGAUUGCCCUCUUAAAAGACAAAGUCCAGCAACUGGAGGAACGUGUAGCUACGCUCCAAAGAAUUAGAGAGCUGGAGCUCUUCUGGGAAGCAACAGAGCACACCGUCUCCACCAAGGAGGAGACAGGGGACUCCCCUGAGAAGGAGGCUAGUUCACCAACACAGGAGCCAGAUAUAUGGAGAAAGUGACUCAAAGAAGUAGGAGGCCCAGGGUUCGCUCUGAUUGUUUAGAAAUACACAAUCGCUUUGAGGUCCUCUCCCCUAGCAUGGAAGACGAAGAGCAGACUCCAUUUGAGGAUCUCGCCCUCAUUACAGUCGAUCAGGUAUAUGAAGACGAGCAGCAAAGUCAGUCCUCAGGGAAUGUGCAGGCGACCUUGGAACGGACAGCUCACGGAAGAACCCCGACCAAACCUAAGAGGAGGCGUGUAGUGGUGAUAGGGGAUUCCCUACUGAGGAGAACAGAAGCAGUGAUCUGUGGGCCUGACAAGAUGUCUCGGGAAGUGUGCUGUCUCCCCGGGGCUAAGAUCCAAGAUGUAACUGAACGACUGCAAGGAAUCAUAAAACCCACUGACAAAUACAGCAUUUUUAGAUCUGGUCCUAACCAAUGUUGAUGACCUGGUUAGUGGGGUAGAAGUGGAAGGAUCAUUAGGCGCGAGUGAUCAUGCUCUUCUGAAGUUUACUAUACAGUGGAAAGGAGCAGCCAAGCAUACUAGGACUCAAUUUCUUGACUUUAAGAAAGCUGACGGAAACAUGGAAGGUGCCUAAAGAAGCCAGGGUGGCUAUCUAAAGAACUUUUAACUGAGUUAAGAUUAAAAAAGGAUGUGUACAAAAAAUGGAAAAGGGGGGAAACCACCAAAGAGGAAUUCAAACAAAUAGCCAGCACGUGUUAGACACAAAGUCAGAAAAGCUAAAGCACAGAAUGAACUCAGGCUUGCUAGAGAGGUUAAAAGCAACAAAAAAGGCUUUUAUGGGUAUGUUCAUAGCAAAAGGAAGAACAAAGAAACAGUGGGGUCACUCAGAGGAGAAGAUGGUGAAAUGCAAACAGGGGACACAGAAAGGGCUGAACUCCUCAAUGCCUUCUUUGCCUCAGUCUUCCAAUAAAGCAAUGCCCAACCUGAAGAAUUUGGAGCAAAUGAUUCAGCAGAGGAAACACAGCCCAGAAUAACUAAGGAGAUAGUACAAGAAUACUUGGCUAGUUUAGAUGUAUUCAAGUCUCCAGGGUCAGAUGAACUGCAUCCAAGAGUAUUAAAAGAACUGGCAGAUGUGAUCUCAGAACCACUGGCAGUCAUCUUUGAGAAUUCCUGGAGAACAGGCGAAGUCCCGGCAGACUGGAGGAGGGCAAAUGUUGUCCCUAUUAUCAAAAAGGGGAAAAGAGAGGACCCGAAUAAUUACCGCCCAGUCAGUCUGACAUCAAUACCAGGGAAGAUUCUGGAGCAGAUCAUUAAGCAAACAGUCUGUGAGCACCUAGAAAGGAAUGCUGUGAUCACCAAUAGUCAGCAUGGAUUUCUGAAAAAUAAGUCAUGUCAGACUAACCUGAUCUCGUUUUUGACAGAAUUACAAGCCUGGUAGAUGAAGGGAACGCAGUGGAUGUAGCCUACCUUGAUUUCAGCAAGGCAUUUGACAAGGUGCCCCAUGAUAUUCUUGUAAAGAAGCUGGUAAAAUGCGGUCUUGACUAUGCUACCACUCAGUGGAUUUGUAACUGGCUGACUGACCGAACCCAAAGGGUGCUCAUCAAUGGUUCCUCUUCAUCCUGGAGAAGAGUGACUAGUGGGGUGCCACAGGGUUCUGUCUUGGGCCUGGUCUUAUUCAACAUCUUUAUCAACGACUUGGAUGAUGGACUCAAGGGCAUCCUGAUCAAAUUUGCAGAUGACACCAAACUGGGAGGGGUGGCUAACACCCCAGAGGACAGGAUCACACUUCAAAACGACCUUGACAGAUUAGAGAACUGGGCCAAAACAAACAAGAUGAAUUUUAACAGGGAGAAAUGUAAAGUAUUGCACUUGGGCAAAAAAAUGAGAGGCACAAAUACAAGAUGGGUGACACCUGGCUUGAGAGCAGUACAUGUGAAAAGGAUCUCGGAGUCUUGGUUGACCACAAACUUGACAUGAGCCAAGAGUGUGACGCGGCAGCUAAAAAGCCAAUGCAAUGCUGGGCCUCAUCAAUAGGAGUAUAGCAUCUAGAUCAAGGGAAGUAAUAGUGCCACUGUAUUCUGCUCUGGUCAGACCUCACCUGGAGUACUGUGUCCAGUUCUGGGCACCACAGUUCAAGAAGGACACUGACAAACUGGAACGUGUCCAGAGGAGGGCAACCAAAAUGGUCAAAGGCCUGGAAACGAUGCCUUAUGAGGAACGGCUAAGGGAGCUGGGCAUGUUUAGCCUGGAGAAGAGGAGGUUAAGGGGUGAUAUGAUAGCCAUGUUCAAAUAUAUAAAAGGAUGUCACAUAGAGGAGGGAGAAAGGUUGUUUUCUGCUGCUCCAGAGAAGCGGACACGGAGCAAUGGAUCCAAACUACAAGAAAGAAGAUUCCACCUAAACAUUAGGAAGAACUUCCUGACAGUAAGAGCUGUUCGACAGUGGAAUUUGCUGCCAAGGAGUGUGGUGGAGUCUCCUUCUUUGGAGGUCUUUAAGCAGAGGCUUGACAACCAUAUGUCAGGAGUGCUCUGAUGGUGUUUCCUACUUGGCAGGGGGUUGGACUCGAUGGCCCUUGUGGUCUCUUCCAACUCUAUGAUUCUAUGAUUCUAUGAAUUAUACCAUACUGGUGUAACUCGGUAUAAUGCAGCUCCCUAUGUACAAGCCUUCUCCUCCCAAGAAGGGAUGGGUGGUUUACACAGGUGGGGGUUCAUUUGUGUAUCUAUGUACACAUGCAAGAACCAUUUCACCCACAAUGUGCUAUGCAGGGGGGAACUGUGAGGGUUGCGGCAGCUAGACUGGUGACUGGGGGCGGCCGCCGAGACCACAUAACACCGGUCUUGAAAGACCUACAUUGGCUCCCAGUAUGUUUCCGAGCACAAUUCAAAGUGUUGGUGCUGACCUUUAAAGCCCUAAACGGCCUCGACCCAGUAUACCUGAAGGAGCGUCUCCACCCCCAUCGUUCUGCCCGGACACUGAGGUCCAGCUCCGAGGGCCUUCUGGCGGUUCCCUCACUGUGAGAAGCAAAGCUACAAGGAACCAGGCAGAGGACCUUCUCAGUAGCGGCGCCCACCCUGUGGAACGGCCUCCCAUCAGAUGUCAAAGAGAUAAACAACUACCUGACAUUUAGAAGACACCUGAAGGCAGCCCUGUUUAGGGAAGUUUUUAAUGUGUGACAUUUUAGUGUAUUUUUGAUCUUUGUUGGAAGCCGCCCAGAAUGGCUGGGGAAACCCAGCCAGAUGGGCGGGGUACAAAUAAAUAAUAAUUAUAAUUAUUUACCUUUUCGGGCACAGAGUGAAGUGACUUGGAUUCCUGGCUUGGUCAAAGUUUGCAUCCCACCUAGAGCGGCUGGGUGCAAAAGGGGAGAGAGUUCCUGUGCCCUGAAUAGUUGUGAUGAAGAGGGGAUUUCAGAAGGGAGAGCUUGCUGUGCAUGCUUAAACCUGCUGAAGUUUCCUCUACUAUGCAGCUAUUCAAAGUGCCAAAGUCCUGUCUCCUUUUGCACCCAGUUAAGCUAAUUCAGUGGUACACGGCCUCUGAACAUGGGAACUCCAAAUGACUGUUGUUGGUAAGAACCAUAAACAGACCCAUCCCCAUCCCAGCCACCAGCCAUCACCUCAUCUGGGGACAAAACAGUCCUUGAAUUAGGAAUGGAGGGAAGCUGUGGACCUUCGGAUGCUGUUACAACUCCAACUCCCAUCAGUUCUAGCCAGCAUGGCUGUCCAGGAUCGGGGCAAUACUGUAUCUUUGAAACAUAAAUUACAUUUCUUAAUGUUCCUAAGCUAGCACAGCUUUGCCUGUUUCCAUAAUGCCUCUGUCCACCACAGAAAGCUGCUUUUCCUCUAGGACUCGCAAUGGGACAACCCUUUGGGCACUGAAGAGUCUGAAUUGAACCAUUCAGUGACGCAGGUCUAGAUCAGGGGUGAAAAACGUCAUGCCUGGGGUCCAGGCCUCUCUAUUUGGCUCUCGGAACCAGGGCCCACUUAUGAGGCAAGGUGAAGCAACUGCCUCGGGUGGCAGGAUCCAUGGAGGCAGAAGAUCUCAAUGCAGAUCUUCAUUACCCCCUUGUUCCUUUAUUAUCCCCUUGAUCUUCCCUCCUUCCCUUGUGGGGAGGAGGAGAAGCAUUUUGUGGUUCACAUCAGGUGCCAAAAUAUCUUGGUCCGGACUUGCUCAGGACUCUUUGCAGGUCACGUGACUCACAUCCCUUCUCCCCGCCAGACCCCACCCCUCACUGGCCUGCUUCACCCCUUGGGUCUAUUUGUCUUUCUGGAAUGUGUCCUUGAACUGUGAUAGUGCCUCUUGAAGGAGAAAGGUGUGCGAGCUUGUGUAGAAAUUAAGUCUACUCUACGAAGGGAAAAUGUGCACCCGCUCCUCUUUUGUCUCUGGACCUGCCCACCGUUGCCAUGUGGCCCUGGAAAGGUUCCCCAGAAGAGAAUAUGGCCCUUGGGCUGCAAAACGUUCCCCACCCCAAUAGAGGGCUUUAACUAUAGAGACACUAGGGACUAGACUGUACCAGCAAUACCACUCUGCUGAGAAUCAGGGGAGCUCUCUGUUUAAUACAGAAGCACAGCCCAUUUGUGACUUUUCGGUCGCAAUGGGCUUACAUUACUUUCUAGAACACGACUCCCUUGUUGCGCUUAUGAUGGAGGGGAACGCAUUUCUGUAAAAUGAACAUGUGAAACACACGGCAUCUGUUCCCGAGUACAGUACCUAAUGCUUAAAAAAAAGAAAGAAAGAAAAAUCGUUCGUUCCCCUGAAGACUGUUUUGGCUCGUCCAGUGUUCAGUAUGAGAAAAAAAAUCGCACCAAGGUCCGGCUGCUGGCAAAAAUGCAAGAGUCCUGUAAAGGUUGGGAAGGAAAUGUCGGCUCUGAAAGUUUUUGUUGUGAGAGGCUGGGCCAGUUUUACUUUCAUUUCUGCACAGCUGCGGACUUUGUUCCCCAAAGCAAAGAAACACUUGAGGGGAAAACCUUUGUGUGAUGUGCGUGCACGAAGAGUCAGGUUGCGCAAAAACUUCAGCAGCUUCCCUGCGGCAAGCGAGGCCAAAGGUCCAAGUGGAAAUUCCCCAGGUGGAGAAACCUGAUCUUCACAUCGCUUCAGGGGUCUGACUCCUGCCAAGAUCUCAACAUCUCAAGCCUUGAGAUACGAUCACAGAUUCUGCCCCCCACCACGCAAAUUUAUUCUGCUCUGUUUAUCUCACCGCUCUUUGCCCAGUUUUCUUGAGAGGGGCUGUCAUAAUCAGACCCCCUGCCCUUUCCUGGAGGAGGGCAUUCCGGGCCUAUCUGCUUGCUCUGCUAUGCGAACGCUGCGUCUGCGAAAGUUAAACGGGCAAACAAAGCAAUUUGUUACGAGGGUUCGGUUCCGAAGCGUGUCCUCCCACUCCAUCUCCAACAGGCCCAGCCCAUCAGGGGAAUUAUUAUAGACUGCAAAAAAAUUAACAGCCUGCAGUUACAAGAAGUCGUAGACCUUGCGUCGUACCCCCACCACUCCGUAAUUUCCCAUGCGGAGAACAGCCGCCCGAUCUGGUUACGGCUGGCACCAUCGGACUCUCCUGGUGUGUGUGCGCGCGUGUGGGGCUCCCCAAAUUCUCAGACCCAUCAUGCCUGACCCUAAGAUUCAGCUCCUUCUCCUGUCGGCCGGCUGCGAAAGUUGCGGUUGGCCGCAAGAGUAGGAGAGGGAACUUUCACCCACCGCAGCCGCCUUUGCGCUCUGGUGGCGCGACUAUCUUCCCCCGCGUCUGCAAGAACUUAGAAUUUAGAAUUGCGCCUUCGGUUAGAGACGCGCCAGCAGACCAGCUCCGCCGGCGGGUGAGUUGGUGCUGGGGCAGAGAGAGACACAGGGCGCCCUGCCCCGCUACCUUUCACUUCCCGGCUGCCUUCUCUACCUCAUCCCCGCCCCUUGCCCCCCCCGCCCCCUUUCCCGUCGCACUUUCUUUGUGCCUUUGGUGCUUGAACUUCUAUACACCCUGACGGCUCUCUGUGCGUGCGCGUCGACGGAGCUGCGUCUUCAGUUCCUCAACUGGCCGCUCCGGUUUAGUUUGUUAUUAACUUCUUCCCCCACCCCUUUGGCGCGGGCAAACAAGUACAGAGACGCCUCUCGGUCUCGUGGGGGGAGAGACACAGAGAGAGAGAGGAAGAGAAAGGUUGGUGCGCAGGGGAAGCAGAGGUUGGGGAGACGGUUUGUUUCGGGGUCGCAGCCAGAGCGCCCCACUUCCUUCUUCUGUUAAGCACGGCCGGUUUCCCACGCGCGGGUGCGAGGCUGCUAACGCGGUGGCUUUCUCGCUUCUUUUUUCUCUAAGGGCGAACCAGGAAACGGAGGAGGGAACUUUCUCAUUACCCAAAACAGAAGGCAAGCAGGCAGCAGUGCGAUGAUGGCGCAGUUUCAACAGAAGCUCUUCUGGCUGGUGGCGGCUGGCCUGGCUGUGACCCUGCGCACCAGCCAGGCAGGUGAGUCGAAUGGCACAACACUCUCGAAAACAAGGAGCCGGUGCGGAAUUCACUUCGCUGGCCCACUUUUUAAAACUGCCCCGUGCUCCUCCUGCCCCUUUGCUUUGGCAGGCCAGGGUGGUAGGGCGGGUGCUUGGCAUGCAGAAGGUCGGGGGUGUGUGUUAAUCCCCGGAAUCUCCCAUUUAAAAGGAUCAGAGAGCAGUUGAUGGGUUGUACAUGUCUGCCUCAGACCCCAGAGAGCUGCUGCCAGUCAGAGUGGGCAGCGCUGAGUGAGAUGGACACAUAUGUAGCAGCUUGACAUUUUGCAGGCAAAACCUUUUGAUUGCUUCCUGUUAAUUGAGCAUUCGCUCUGCAAGUGUUUUUCCACACUGCAGUUUUGGGAAACUGGACUUGUUGCACAAGAGCACUAAUCUAAUUUUAAGUUGUACAACCAGAAUUUGCCGGUGGGUAACCAAAUCCAGCAUGGAAAUAGCGGGCGCCUGGAAGCUUUUCUGGCUCGAUUUCUGCAUUUCACAUUGUUGCCGAAGGCCUUGUGAGAAAGAGCUGGCAAUCUUCUUUCCCACUCUCACGAAGCUUUAGUUCUGCUUCUGUGUGGUAAGACCAGUUGGGCUGGGAGAUCUUGUGAGGCAAGGGAAGAGCCAGUCCACCCCAGAAUCUGCAUCAAAAACAGAGUUUGUAAUUAAUGAAAGGAUGGCGAGAAGAUGAACAAGAAGUGUUUUGUUGAGCCAGCUGUAUGGUCACCUACACACUGCAGCCGACACACUAAUGCGUCACGACGCACAGUUUGGAAAUCUCCAGUGUAGUGGCCAGGAGACUUAACACACACAGCAUACCUUUAAAGCACAUUCAAAGCGCUAUUCCCCCUGAAGAACCAUGGGAAACGUCAUUUGUUAAGGGGGCCGGGAAUUGUAGUUCUGUAAGGUGCAAACUACCAUUCCCAGGAUUUUGUUGUGGUGGCAAGCAGGGGAAAUGUCCUUUGAGUGUGUUUUAGAGGUGUGGUGUGUAUGCAGAUUGUGUUACAACUCAGAAAGGUCCACUUGAAUCUUAAUAAUAAGUAUUAUUAUUGUAUUAUUUAUAUACCCAUAAACUCUUUUGACUGCGUUUGACAAGCCAGUCAGUCCCACCUACUGUAGCCACCCUCUCUAGAAAUUUGGAGGUCACCUUUUUUGCAGGAUUGUUGUAAAGACUACAACUGGAUGCAAAUGCUAAAUAUUACUGAAAGAGAUUUUCGGUCUCAGGCCUGCCUGGGUGCUUGUAGACAUGUGUGGGCUGGCUUUGGGUUCUUGGAGAACAGAUCUAGGAAGUGUUUGCAGAGUCAGGCCAUCUGUCUGUCUGUCUCAGUAUUAUGUCCACAGUUUCUACAGGGGUCUUCUUCUCUCACUGCCCGACUUUUGAGAUACCUGCAACCUUUUGCUUUCAAAAUGCCUUCUUAGCCGCAAGCUGCGACCACAUCUUUUAAUAGAAGGUGCUCUGUGCAUGCUUGUUUUGCCCCCGGAGUUGUGUCAAGGGCCUAUGGGACAAGUUCUGAGGUUGAGCCUCCGCAAUCAGUAAGAUUAGGAGGCAGUGUGGGGUAGUGGUUAGAGUGUCGAACUAGGAUUUGGGAGAGACCAGGUAUUCAAAUGCCCACCCGGCCAUGAAGCUCACUGGGCGUCCUUGGGUCAGUCACUAGCUGCCUCUCAGGCUAACCUACCUCACAGGGCUGUUGUGGAGAUUAGAGGAGAACGGGGAGAAACAUGUAUGCCACUGUGAGCUCCUUUGAGAAAGAGAGUGGGACAGAAAUGCAAUAAAUAAAUAAUAAAGAUAUGGUUUGGCGAAAGGGACACAAAGGUGUAGAAAUGUUUGCAUAUAUAUAAAUAAACAUUUUCCUUCCUAACUGAAAGCACCAAUCAAGGCUGCUUAAGACAUUUAAAGGUUUCAGUUUCAGUAUAUAUCUCAAGCGUGAAGUUUCUUAGGGGCAAAGUGUUGACAGUUAAAAACCUAAGCAGAAAAACAAGCAGAAAAUCACCAAUUGAGGCUGCUCAAUACAUUUAAAUGUUAGUUUCAUCAUAAUGAUGAUAAUGAUGAUUUUAAAUUUGUACACCACCCUUCAGCCAAAGAUCUCAGGGUGGUUCAAAGCACAGAAAUACAAAACAAAAGCACAUAAUAAAGACCAGAACAAACCCAUAAUCCCUCCCCAACCAAAAUGAAGGACACAAAAAGGUUUUCAGUGUAGAACAAAAAUAGAAUGAAAAAUGACCUUUAGCAACAAAGAAACCAAGAAAGGAGCCGACCAAACUUCAUGGGGCAAGGAGUUCCAUAAUCUCCCUCUCACCCCUUGUAUCCAGACGCACUACGACCAUGGGUGAGACAGAAGGAAAAGCCUCUCCUUCCCACCUUAAGAGAGCAGGAAGGAUGAUACAGAAGGAAGUCCACACCAUACAUUUAAAUCACUCUUAUGCUCCCCCACCUCAAAGGAACUUGGGAACUGUAGUUUGUUGCAGGGACUGAAAGUCUUUAGGAUACCCUCACAGACCCACAAUCAACUACUGUUCCCAGGAUUCUUUGGGGGAAGCCUAGGCUUAGAUUCGCCAUCCCAAAAUGUACAAGGAUUACAUAACAUAAUUCUUCAUGUGCCUUAUCCACGAAAGGUCCGGAGAGUGUCAACACAAGUAAGGGCCUUUUCUGCAGUGGCUCCCUGUUUAUGAAAUGCUCUCCCCGGGGUGGUUUGCCUGGUGCCUUCAUUAUACACAUUUAGGCACCAGGCGAAAAUGUUCCUCUUCAACCCAGCCUGUGGCUGAUUGACAUCUGAUGCCCUUUUAAAUGUGCUGCGGAACAGAGGACUAUUGGUUUGUUUCCGUUCUUAUUUUUGACACGUAUUUUGUUUUGUUUUGUAAUUUUGUGUUGUGAACCACCCUGAGACCUAUGUGGUAGGGCCGUAUACAUUUUUUUAAAAAAAUAAAAAAGUAGAAGAUGAGAAAUAAGAAGUGGGUGCUGGAGCUGAUCUAGCCAACGAGCUUGGGGGACCCUUGGCUCAGAGUGUGGGUGGCGGCCUCUGUCUCAUGCCAUCCCCUCUUUUAUAAUUCCAGAGGUCUCCAUCGUCCUUCGCAGCGACCAGGAGGGUCCUGUCCUUGAGGGCGGGAACGUGACUCUGGAGUGCCUGGGCAAUGAAGGAGAGGAGAUGAGCGGAUUCACUUUCCAGAAAUACAGCAAGGUCAGGAUAAACUUACAGAUGUAAUUGCAAGACAAAGCAGCGAGGAGGGAGAUGGGUGGCUUGCUCAACAGGGGGCGCUGUGCUGCGGUUGCAGAACACUUGGUUGCAAAUAGUACAAUGGGCAGCACCCAGAGGGGCAUCCAAAGUUAUUUCCUAAGUUCAGGUGUGGGUGCUGUUGCUUUUCAGCAUCCAAAGUGGGCCCCAUCCACGCACAGCGGAGGAGCGAUGCAAGUAGGAUGAGUGGCUGCAAGGUUUGCAGAAGUGGAACGUUGUUGUUUUGAAAAAGCCUAGGGCAGGAGAUGGGGAAAUCCCAGGGCAGCGCAAGGGAGGCUGAGCAUGCUCUGUGCUGCGGCUGCCGAAUGCUGACUCACUUGCGGCUGGAGAUAGAGAUAGAGAAAAAGAAAUUAUAAUACUGGAAUGUAGCAGACAGGCUCCUGAGCAGCAGAACUCCAUUCUGCAACACCCCCACUUUUGGACUUUGUAACAGCCAGGCCUUUUUCUCAGGGAAUCUGGGAGUGGGGUUGUAUUAGCUAUCCUAGAAGCGUAGAGUUGGAAGGGGUCCAAUGGGUCAUCUAGUCCAACCCCCUGCAAUGCAGGGAUAAUGAUCCUGACCUGAUAAUUCUCAGUACUACUCAGCUAAAAUUCCCAGGAUUCUUUGGGGCACAACCGCGGCAAGACCAGUAUAAAAGGCAACAUCCUAGAUAGCUCAGUUGGUAGAGCAGGGGACUCUUCAUCUCUGAGUUGUGGGUUUGAGCCCCAUGCAGGGCAAAAUAUUCCUGCAAUGCAGGGGGAUGGAUUAGACCCUCGAGGUCCCUUCCAAUUCUACAGUUUGGUGGUUCUUAUGUGGGCAGGACCCUUUUGCUAGGCCUCAGGUGGGCAAGUUUCAGGUAACUCUCAGCCUAACUUCAUGUGGUGGGUAGAAUGUAAAUUGGGGGUGGGAAAUGGCAGAGAGAUAGAGAGAGAAAAGGGCAACAGAAAGGAAGUGAGACAAAGGGAUGGCCCCACUUAUCUUCUGCUCUGAUGUCACCUACACUGGGCUCCAGCCCACAUUAGGCUCCAGCCCUACUGUCUGCCAAUGUCUACUCUACCGCCAACCCCAAAGGAUUGCCCCAAAUGUGACAUCUGCCCAUCUCUGACUCAGGCAAGAACAAGCUAAGGACAGAGAUUGGUAACUUAGGCUGAGCACACACUAUACAUUUGAAGCACGUUUCCCAUCCCUGCAAAGAUUCCCGAGAACAAUAGUUUACCCCUUGUGGUACUGAACCCUUACCAAACUACAGUUCCCAGGAUUUUGGUGGUGGUGUUUUUUGAGGGGUUGUGGUUUGAAUGUGUGGUGUGGGCAGCCUUACUAGCAAGGAUUUGGUAGGAUAAGAACCAUGUGAUAGCAUGGACAAGUAUAUUUCAGAAUUGGUCUGGACCCAGUUUCGUUGUAGCAACAUCCCUCACAGAACGUGAGAAAUUGUACAUUUGCAGUGCGGCUGGUAAUCACUUGUCCCAGAAUCCAUGCUGCUCUUUGAACGACGGUUCUCCUCUACCCAGCCCACUCAAGUCUCUUGGUUCGCAGCGCCUAUAGUGAAACAGGUUUGUUGUGUGAACAUGCUGUUCAUGAGGAGGAAAGGUCUUUAAAGAAAGGCUUUGCUCAACCCAAGCUGCUCACAUGUAGACUUGAAUGAAGAGUUCUGGAGGAGGUAUUUUAGGACAGGUGUUUUGUUGACUGGAGAGGGAAUGGGAGGCUGCUCUAAGCAGGAUUGGGAGGAGAUGGGAGAAAUGGGGAGGCCACAGCUCAGGAUUAGGGAGUGUCUGGGGAAAACAAUAAUCAAGGCCACCAAGUGGCCACUAGGGGGCACUGUUUCCAGGAUGUAGAACCAUUCUCCUGCAGCUGCUGGGAGUCAAGAUGGCAGCAAUUAGAGCAGGGAUUGGGAGCUUUUAGUCCUCUAGAUGCUGUGGGAUGACAACUCUCUUAUUUCCUGACUGCCUGUUGGCAACGCUGGCUGGGGCUGAUGGGAGCUGGAGUCUAACAUGAUCUAGAAGGCCACAGACUCGACAUACAUGGCAGGAACACUGUUGGAAUUCCUGCUCCGUGAUUGCAGUCAUGGGAUUAUUGUCUAUCACAUGACGGUGUAUGUUUUGACUCCACAGAGUGGGAAGUGACAGAGACAGGAUGUUUGUGUUACUGUGUUCCGUGAAGUGGGACUAUAGUCCUUUGUUUUUUCUCUUUGCUGUCUGAUGCUAGAGAGAGAGGGAGCCAUGUUGCAGUGCUCCGUGUGUUUAUAUGUAAAUAAAGUAGAUUAGCCAAAAUGCUGAGUUGCUGAGGUCUGUUACGCAAGCUGCAAAGACUCUGCGGAUCCCUAAGUGUGCCGAUGUCUGUUGGCAUCGGUUGCUGUGAUGUUCAGGCUGAAGAAAGCUUUUGAAGCUCCCGAAUGAUCGACCAAGAGGGAGAGAACAUGCCAGUUGGGCAUGUGUCUCUGCCAGGGUCCUGCUCGAGUGUAGGACAAGCUCCUGACAACUAAAGGCCAACUAAAGGAACCUUAUUUUUGGCUCCCUUUGCUUCCUCACUCAACCGCGGUGCAGCUGCUCCGAUUGCCAUGUGCCACCCUAGACUCCAAACGCAACACUUAACAAUGGUCAGGUCUCCAACCAAAAUGCCUUAACGUUCACUGAAUGGCCCCAGAGUGCAUUGAAGCCCAUGUCGGUGUGGCUUGAGUGGAGUGGUGCUCAGAAGGGGACCUGUGCCACCGCCAGUUGGCAUUUCGGGUAGCGCCAUCUUGCAAAGGGCGUUGACUAAUGCAAGACAUUCCUCUCCCUGUUGCAGUGGCUCCACUCCUGGAUCUCCCUCGACAAAGCCAGCGAGAUGCGCUGCUGGUUUUACGACGUCAGCGUCAGCUACGAUGACGGCCGCCUCCAACUUGCCAUCAGUGGACUGAAAUCUUGGCACGCUGGACCUUACCGCUGCGCCAGCUCCAACGGCACCAACAAUGCCUCUGUCUCCAAUGAGCUGGACCUGCAGAUGGAAUGUACGUGGGAAAGUUUCUUCCUUCCUCUGGCUCCUAGUGGGUGAUGGAGAAAUAGCAGGUGGGGAGGAUUAGCGGGGCUGCCCUUGCAACUGGCCUUUGGCAAUUUGUAGGUAACUGGCAGGAGUGUAACCUCUUGCAGGGACUGUUGAUGCCAGCCCUGCCCUUGCUCCCUUAGCCACACACACCCCAGCUGUGGCCAUGGCCUUUCUUUAUGGAAGAGUAAUAAAGAAGAGCACUCCUGAGCACCAACAGAGUGCUUUCUAAUUUAUCCUGAGCACAUGCAACUUGUCAACACACAUUUAGAAUAUGAACGCCACCUGCACUCUCCUCAGGACACAGGAAAUGCUCAGCCCUCUUUUGACAGCAUCCUGAGCCCAUAAAAUAUUUCAAAACUUUUCUUCUUCUUCUUCUUCUCCUCUUCCUCCUCCUCCUCCUACAUCACAGAUGUUGUUGUUAUUUUAUUAUUGCUUAUUAAAUUUGUAUACCGUCCUAUACCUGUGGAUCUCAGGGCAGUUCAAAACAUAAAACCACAAUAUAAAAAAACAUAAAAUACAUCAUAAAAAUGACAAUGAAAACAACACAUUUUAAAGGGGCAUUAGAUGUCAAUCAGCCCAAGGCCUGGUUGAAGAGGAACGCUUUUGCCUGGCGCCUAAAAGUGUAUUAUGAAGGCACCCGUCUCAGCCUCCCUGGGAAGAGCACUCCACAAAUGGGGAGCCACCACAGAAAAGGCCCAUUCUCGUGGUGCCACCCUCUGGACUUCUCGAGGAAGAGGCACAUGAAGAAGGGCCUCAGAGGAUGAUCUCUGGGUCCGGGUAGGUUCAUAUGGAGAGAGGUGGUCCUUGGGGUAUUGCAGUCCUGAGCCAUUUAAGGCUUUAUAGGUCAGAACCAGCACUUUGAUUUUGCCUGGAAACUAAUUGGUAGCCAGUGCAAGUUGGACCAGUAUUGCUGAACUCCAAUCCCCCAUCAGAUUACUUGCCCCCCGUAUAAAGCCCACUCAACUACUUUGAUCUGUGGAACUGACACAUUUACAAGUGCCACAUGAUGUUCUGCACUUGCAAGGAACUGAUCCCUCAGUGUGGUGUCACUUUGGGACUCCCUGCCCAUUGAUAUCGGGCAGGUGACUUCGUUGGGCUGCUUUUGGCGCCUGCCAACAUUUUGCUGAAUUGAGCGCCUCCAGACAUGUAGAUUUCGUGUGUAUUUUAAUACGCUGAUUUUAUUUCAACCGUGCAUAUUUUUAAAACUGCUGAUCUUAAAUACAGAAAUUAAUUAAGCCAGCUUGUUUUUAAAUAUCUAGUUUUUAUUGGCAAUCCUCAUGCAUGUUUUAUGCAAACCACUGAAGAGCUUUUGAUGAUUAAGUGGUACGGAAAUCCUCUCUGAAUAAAGUCAGCCCCAUCCGGCGUGGUCAGUAAGGAUGAGAGGUGAUGAGCUCAACCACAUCUGGAGUGCCACAGGUUCCCGAACUUUGGCUUACUGCGAUACCCUUGUGCCACAGCGAGAGUCUGUGCUGGUGCUCUGUGCCUGCUUGAUUUAACCACAGACUGGUGCAUAUGUGUGCAGGAUUGCAAAUUCUACAAACUUUGGUCCCAACGGAACAGUAAAGGCAGCGGCUCAUUACCCACGUUCUGUAUUUCCGGGCACGCAUGACCUGUCAUCAAAUGACAGCACAUACUGAAGAUCAAACCUUCAGGCAUUUUCUGCAUGGGCUGUCGCAGCUCUUAAUGGAAUGGGGAAGCCUUUUAAAAGUUGUCUCUCACAAUCUAAAACAUCUCUCUGGAGCGUAUCCCUGCAGCAGACUUUUUUAAAACAACAGCAACAACAAACAAGCAUCACCUUCUUCCCAGGGAAUCCUGGGAAAUGUAGUUUUGCAAGGCUUCAUUAGCAGCACCCUUGCUAAAGAGAAAUUCGAAGGAUUGAACUGGGCAGGAGUCAUAGGAAGUUAUAGUGGACCUAAAACCUACCGUACACAACUGUUUUAUAGCAUUUUGAUUUAGCUACUCACUUUCAUGAUUACUUUGUACUCUUUUUCUUUUGUUGUAUGCUGCUGCCCUGGUAGUGUUUGUUUGUUUGUUUAAUGCCACGUUGGCAUAUACAGAGUUUUUAUACGUAGAUUCUACCAGCAAAGCUCAAUCAGCACAAACUCUCGUUUUGCAUAACUUGCACCUAAAACUCAGUAAAGAAGGGGUUAAAAAGGUAAAGGGACCCCUGACCAUUAGGUCCAGUCGUGGCCGACUCUGGGGUUGCGGCGCUCAUCUCGCUUUAUUGGCCGAGUGAGCCAGCGUACAGCUUCCGGGUCAUGUGGCCAGCAUGACAAAGCUGCUUCUUGCGAAACCAGAGCAGUGCACGGAAAUGCCGUUUACCUUCCCACCAGAGUGGUACCUAUUUAUCUACUUGCACUUUGACGUGCUUUCAAACUGCUAGGUUGGCAGGAGGAGGGACCGAGCAAUGGGAGCUCACCCCGUCGCAAGGAUUCGAACCGCCAACCUUCUGAUCGGCAAGUCCAAGGCUCUGUGGUUUAACCCACAGCACCACCUACUAAAAACAUCAAGAAAGGAAGGAGAGAGAGAGAGAAGGGACAAAGAAAGAAAGAAAGAAAGAAAGAAAGAAAGAAAGAAAGAAAGGAAGGAAGGAAGGAAGGCAGGCAGGCACAUCUGCUUAAGCCUCUCCUUCUGCUCAUAUUAUUUUGCUAGGGAAAAACAAAAGAUUUAAAUGGUUAACCAGGCUUGGAAUUCCUAAGUUUAUGCCUUCAUAUAAAAGUUGCUUGAAUCCGAUCAGGCUGGAGAUCUUUAUAGCAAAUGCUUUGAAAUUGUGAUAUGGAAUAUUAACAACAACAACAACAACAACAACAACAACAACAACAACGAUAAAAUAUCAAUAAUGUGUCAAUAUUAGCCCUGAUAUUUGUUAUUUAUUUUGUUGAAUGUUUAUUCAUUUUGUUAAAUCUGUGUUCUACCCUUCAUUCAAAGACCACAACAUAUAUUAACUUUUAAAAAAUGUUUAACGGUUUAAACCAAUCAAUCAAUGCAGGUUACUUGUUUACACAGCAGCAAUAGGAUCUAGGUGACAAAAACCCAGGGGUGGCAUUAUGAUGAUGAUGAUGAUGGUGAUUACUAUUACUAUUAUUAUUAUAACCUCUCACCUGCUCCAGACCUGCACAGCAUCCUCCUUGCUCGUACAAACACCUGGUGUGGGACAGUAGGAGAUUCUGUCACGAUGCUUGAAGGCAGCGACUUGCACCUUCGGUGCUCUGCAGGCGCUUCAAAGCCCCCGCUCUACGAAUGGACCCGAGAGGUGAGAAGACCUUUAGAUCUUUAGAGCAGGGCCAGGGAAUCUAUCUCUGCCAAGGCCCAGCGGCCCGCAGACCAGUUACUUAUGUUAUAAAAGACAUGUUGCAACACGUAAGAAAAAUAGCACAGGGCUGGUUGCCAGGUGGAGAGCGGCGCGGUGGCGAAGCUGCCAGCACCUUUGCUAAGCUAAGCAGGCUCCGGUAUGGUUUCAGAUUGGAUGGGCGACUGCGCGUUGAGAUUCCUGCAUUGGGGUGGGCGGGCUAGAUUACCCUCAGCUCUACAACUCUGUGGCCCCUUCAACCCUUCGCUGCUCCUAUUGGGAUCCAAGAGGAGGCCUAGCCAAGAAUAUGUGGUUGGGGCAGGGUGGGGGCUUAAUGUAGAGGAGGGGAGUGCCUGGGCACAUGUGGGGUGCACCAACUCCACCCCCAACCCAUGGGUGUUUAUGGGGGAUUUUUCCAGCGGAGGCCAAAGUAAAACACUGAAUGUUGGGAGCAAGCUAGUUUCUCACCCAAAAACUGGGGAGAAAAGCGCCUGAAUAUUUUGCCUCAUAUCUCAGGUUUUGCAAAUGCUGUAAACUUUUUUUUUUUUAAGAUUAAAGGCUGGCAAUUACGAUUUUUGCGUGGAGGAGGGCAAUUGCCAGCUGCACGCAUAUAGGUGGCCUGUCAGAAGCUGCUUUUGCACCCAGGCCUUUAAAGCACGUAGCUUCCCCCAAGGAAUCAUGAGAAGGCGUAGUUUGCCCCCCUUCCCAGAGCUACAGUUCCCAGCACCUUGAGUGAACUACGGUUCCCAGGAUUCUCUGGGAGGGAUCCAUGUGUUUUAAAAGUAUGAUGGGGGGGGGGGGAUGCAGCCAGACCUGUCCAGAAAGAACAGGGAGAAACGGAUGCAUGAAGCAUGUGCAAGGACACAUGUCCCCCUUCUGGGUUUAAGCCCUCGCAUGUUCCCUUAAAAUGCUUGAUUAGGACUCAGAGCUACACUAGAACUAAUCCUGAAAAGGGAGGCAGCUGAAAUGGCACACCUACCCCUUCUAUUGGAGAAUAUAGUUUUAAAACACACCCACCCACCCACCCACCCCCACCCACACACACAUAUAUAUAUGUAAAAUAAAAGUUUGUUCAGGUUGAUGCACCCUGUUGGGUUUUGUCCUAGGCAAACAGUGUGGCUACUUAGCAACCCUGGAGAAAGGAGUCGUUUCCCCCCACUAAAAGUGGGCUUGCAAUAUCCUGACCCCUCUGUGCUUUGAAGAACCUACCCGCUCUUUCAUUCCAAGGCAGUCCAAUGAGAUUUUCGCCCCACAGGGAAGGAAGGGACCCCCCCAGCCCCAACUCUCCAACACAUACGUCAAAUGUUUGCCCCUUUUCUUCACAAACAGGGCAUUUCCUGGAAUCUGCACCCCCCCACACACACCAUCAUUCACUGCUGCUGAGGCAAUGUUUGUCAAAAACCCAAGUCCAUUGUCUUUUUCCGCCCUCGCCUUAUUUGCACAUAGUUCGACAUGACGAUGGAGAGUGCUAUUAAAGCCAUUGUGCGAACGCAGGGGAGAGCAUUUCAAGGUGAAACCGGCUUCUUGUCCAAACACAGUGGCUUUCCACCUGUGAAUUUUGCUCCUUCAUAGCCACCUCAGCUCCCCCUUGGCCUUGUGCCCAUGUUAGCGUUGCGAGGUAAAACACAGAUCCAGGAAGCCUGUGUUUACCUCAUCGUCAUAACAGGCUGUCCUGCUCUUCGUUAACAGGACUCACCCCCCAAAAUCACAAGGUGAGGAGAAAAGUGUGGGUCGUACAUAUUUGGGGAUUCGAAGAUGGAUCCCCAAAUGUGCUCGGCCAACAUUUCCCCCCUCACUUUGCGAUUGGGGGGGGGGGCGAGUCCAGUAAGCAGACAUUUUGUGCUGAGGGGAGCUGAAGGGGAAGGAUACACUCCUUCUUAGAAAGACAAAAGGGCUGUCUCAGUUAAAUCCUACUCAGGCUGGGCCUAAAGUUAGUCACGUCCAUUGUUUUCAGUGGGUCUACUCUGAGUAGGACUAGCAUUGGCUGCAACCCAAACUUCUACGUCGUCAUUCUCUGCUCCUCAUCUACUAGGACGCCUGGCUCCUCAGGGAUACCCCAGCCCCUAAAACUAUUACACACACCCUCAAAGUAAAAAACACACACUAAUUUCUGGAAAUUUAAUUGCGGAAGAGGGGGUGGGGGAGUGCAGGCAGUAUUUGACUCGGGUGUUCCCAGUGUUGUUAAAGGGUGUGUGUCAACGAAUGUAAAGAUACUGCAAUAACUGAUAGGCAAGUUAAUCUUUCUGUUUUUUGUUGUUUUGUUUAAAUGGUAUAACUUUAUAAACCUAUUGCACUCGACUAGGAUUUAGGUUUUCACUGUUUAGCAUCCGCUUCUCUUAGUUCAGUGCUGAGUUUGCAAAUGGCUGGAGGCUUGGAUCUUUAAAAAAGUGCUCAUAAUUUUAACAGGGUUUUCCCCCCCUUCCCUGCACCCCCUCUUGCAGGGAGACGACUGGGUUCUGGUCUCCAGCGACUUGACAAUUUCCAAGGUGAACCGGGAGCAAGCCGGGACCUACACUUGCCGGGCGCAACACCCCACCUUGCCCCAGUUGACCAAGAGCAAGUCGAUCCGUCUGUACGUGGAGGGGAGCGAGCGCGGAUUCACCCUUGGUGAGAACAAUCCUUCGCCUUCACCCACUGAGCCCUCCCUGAGCCCACGUUUCGGAGGGUGAACCCCAGGCACCCCACCACCCUGGGCUGUCCCUCCCACUUCCUUCCUGAAGGCAGCUGGCACCUCCCUCGGCCGUCUUCAGUCUUUACCCCCCAAGUCCUCUUUCUCAAAGAAUCAUAGAAUUGCAGAGCGGGAAGGGCAUGGAAAUUCCUGAAAUGCAGGAAUUCUCCCUUUACUAAUCCAGUAGCAUCACGAACUGAUACAACCAUAGCCCAGUCCCAAAUGCAUCUGUAGGAAAGGAAAGCCCCGCUCGGUUCAAGGGGGCUUCGUCCCAGUCAAUAUACACAGGGCAUGGGCAAAGGCAUGUCUGCUAACAGGACCAUUGGUAGCUGCUAAGCCACAGAAAUAAACCGAGCCUCCAUGUUUGCAGCUGUAGCUAGUUUCCCCAACACAGAGACACGGAAAGUGUGGUUUCUAAGAGGAGUCCACACAUGUCAGCAACCUGCAAAAGCAGGUUCAAAGGCAUGGGCAGAAUAAUGUCAAGGUGGACAUUAUUAUUGCUGUUGUUAGUUUUUUUCCUGGGGGGAAACUUACCAAGAAGUUUGUUUGUUUGUUGGGGGCCCAGUCACAGUUCCACAUACCCCGCCCCAGGCAGUGGCUAAAUGUAACAUGUGAUUAAUAAACUCAAGCAGUCAAUGAUCAGGAUUAGGAAGGGCCACAACUUUAUGUGAUUAUGGAUAAUAGAUUGAUUUUUUUUGGCUCAGGCAUUGGGUGUAGGCAUUCCAGCCUCCAGACAAAAAAAAAAAUCAGAAUUAUUUAAUUUUUUUAAGGUACAGGAACUCCGUUCCCCUGAGUUCCUGCUAAAAAAAAACCACCUUGGUGAUGAUGCUUACUACUACUACAAGUCCCCUCAUCCCUGACCAUUGACCUUGCUGGCUAGGGCUGAUGGGAAUUGGAGUCCACCCCCAUCCAGACGACCACAGCUUCCCUGUCCCCCUUUUCUAAAGGGCUGCUGGUCAGAGGCAGCAGUGCUUCUGAAUGCCAGCCUCUGGCAACUGCAGGAGAGGAGGGCGAAUGCCCCGAGUCCUGCUUACCACUUUGCCACAAGCACCUGAUUCACUACCAAGAACCACUGGCCUGAUCCAGCAGGCCUCUUCUUGCACCCUCCGCUGAAGGUGCUGACCUGGCUUGCCUUUGUCGUGUCUGCCUUGUUCCCUGCAGAGUCCGUGCUGUCCCUUAGCACCCCAAUGCUGGCCCUGGCUGUGGCAUUGCCUGCAGUGCUGCUACUGCUGGUGAUCUUGGUCUUUGCCUUCCUGAUCCCCCGGCAUCGGGCAGCUGCCAAGAAGAAAGCCGGCCUGUGAGUACUUUGCGGGGUUGUAUUGCUGGGGGAGCUUAAUGGUCUGCUGUAACCCUGUUGCAAUGGGUGGGUGGGGUGUUAAAGGGACCCCUGACCAUUAGGUCCAUUCGUGGCUGACUCUGGGGUUGCGGCGCUCAUCUCGCUUUAUUGGCCGAGGGAGCCGGCGUACAGCUUCCAGGUCAUGUGGCCAGCAUGACUAAGCCGCUUCUGGCGAACCAGAGCAGCGCACGGAAACGCCGUUUACCUUCCCGCCGGAGCGGUACCUAUUUAUCUACUUGCAUUUGACAUGCUUUCGAACUGCUAGGUUGGCAGGAGCAGGGACCGAGCAACGGGAGCUCACCCCGUCGCGGGGAUUCAAACCGCCGACCUUCUGAUCGGCAAGUCCUAGGCUCUGUUGUUUAACCCACAGCAUCACCCGUGUCCCGGGGAUGGGGUGUUACUUCACUGUUAAAGCAGGAGCAGGGAACAGAUCAGGCUGAGAGGGUCAAAUGUAGCAGCCAACCAACCAUCUCUCUCUCUCUCUCUGGUACCUAGGGUUUUCCAUCUCCUUAGCCAGAUCCUUCUCCCCAGGCUCCCUCAAAUAUUUGCACCCCAAGUAUUCGUGCCUGGAUGGAAUGUGUGCUCGAUUUCUGAUAACACCUCUUGCUUGCCUCUAUAUAGAGCACAGAGAGGGGUUUGUGUGUAUGGAACCUUUACACGCUAUGAAAGGGGAGCUUUUACCUUUGUAGUUCCACCCACUUUUGCCUUUGGCCCCACCCAUCUCUGGUGUGCGGCCCCCCCCAGGAGGAAGGAAAUGUGGCCCUCGGGUUGAGAAAGGACAGCUCAAGCAUCUUCCUCUCUUCCUGGCUGUGCAGAUAAUCCAGUUGCAGCCCAAACAGUGGAGAUUUAAUUCUUCCUUCCUCGGGGCCUCUUGCGAUUAAUUGGUUCCAUUAAUAUACACAUACGGACAAACCUGUACGUGUAGAAUGAGCCUGAAAAAUGAACUUCCUCCACUGGACUUUUGUGUCACUCUAUGGCAGCUUAAUUUCUUUUUAAAAAAAAGAAAAAAAGAAGAAAACGUUUUGCACUCUUAUCAAGUGCUGGAGAAAAUGAAACCCGAAUGCUACUGUCCACCAUUCUCUUUCCAGGGAAGACUCCGGCCAGCGUACCCCAAUCUACAAAGGCAGCCUGGAGUCUGUGCCUUCCUCCGUUGGAGAUACGCAUCCCCUGGUGAUGUAAUAAAGAAGACACAGGUCAGCAGAAGUGCAAAGGAUGUCUGACGCCAUCCCCUUUCCUGUCCAUUCCCUUCCUUUAAUCCAAAGGUCCAAAGUCCUGUAGGGGCAGGUGUUUGCCUGUUUUUGACGACUCCUCAGUUCGGAAUUCCGUAGGGGAUCUAGAAAGCAGCGCAAAAUCUGGGAUUCUCCUGAGAAUAUUUGAAGCAGUCGGCCUCUUGGUCAUUUAUCAAGGGCAAUCUGUCGUGGCAUCCGAAAGUAACAGCUGUGCAAAUGCUCCCCCGUGUGGACACAGGAGGGUAAUGCAGGCACAGGUUUCAGGCAAGGGUGAAGUAGGAAUGGCUGAAUCGGCCUAGUUUGGUUUCUCGUCGUUCCUCGCCCCCCCCCCCAUCUUGAAUUUCCUUUUUUCCCCCAUUUCUGCUAGAACACUUUUUUUUAAAAAAAGCCCACAUGAAAUUCAUAUGCAUUUUCAAUAUUAUUCCUCUGGAUAUAUAUAUUUUUGUGUAGGCUUAACUCUUCAUGUGUGCCUUUGGGGAGCGUUGAAGUCAACUGCGUCAAAAAUGUGGAGACAUUCGCUUCGCAUAUUGGUUUGGGAAUUGCAUUUAUACCCUAAUCUCCAAUUUAAAGACCAGUUGGCCGGCCCCACCAUUAGGGUGAGGCAGCCACAUGGGGCAGCAGCUGCUGGGAGGUGAGGCAGCAGCAAGGGGUCGGAGCUUUGUGUGCCACACAACACCCCCACCCUCGACCCACUAAGCUACCCUCCUGCCCUGAGGUGUGAUAAGAGGACACCAUCCAGUUGUCAGCAUUGAAGUAAAGUUCAGUUUCCAGUCCAGUUAGUUCUGUACUUGGCAGUGGGAAGACACCUUGUUGUUCGUCUCAGGCAGUUAAAACAUCUCAGGCCUGUCCUCCUGAGUAUAGCCUGGGCAGACAGAUAUAGCGGAUCGUGCCCUGUUCUUUCUCCCUCUCCACUGCCCCAAAUCUGCCUCCUGAGGUGCUCGCCUCAGCUUGCCUCACACAAGGACUGCUUCACCCUUGUGUGAUAAGCGGCACUUGCCAGAAAUCCCCCCCCCCCAUUUCUGUAGAACCGUUAAAAUAUACAGAAACCUUCACCUCAUAUGCAGCUGCUCGUACUAAGAUGGAUGCUGCAAGCAGCCCAAUCCGUAACAGCAACUUUAGCUUAAAAGACGUGCACUCACUUACCACGUUGCUACUUAAAAUAUCACUUCCUUGGGGUACUUUUCCUUACCCUCCAGCUCUGGUUUAAAUAUUUAAGCAGCUGGCUGGAUGCAGCUGAAGAAACAGAUCCAGAAUAAUAGGAGAACCGGAGAUGUAAUGAAGGACUGCUCAAAAUUAGGGGAGUCACUGUAGACAUGGGGGAGGAGGUCUAGAGCAACACAUGGCUGACAUUGACUGUUUUCAUUCUCAAGCCUUGUGUAAGUGGCAGGACCAGAGCUAUUUUUUUUUAUGGGGGGGGGUUAAAAGAAAAAGAGGUGCCAGUAUUUUUACCUUGAUAGAAAUGUUGUAGGUCCCAGCAUAAAAUGGCUGCUGUGGACUGCAAGAAAGAGAAGCCGCUAAUUUGUACUGGUCAUAAAAGAAACACCAUCACAAAAGAAGCCCUGGGUUUAACCCACACUUCUUUUUGUCCUGCUUCUUUUCCCCUGGGGGAAAACCACUCUUUAGUGCUCAGUCAGAGCAAUUGGCAGUUCAGAUUUCCCUUGGAUUGCUGUUUGUUCCGAUCAGUCGCUAAAGAGCGGGUUUUCCCUCGGGAAGGAGUGAGGCGAGAGGGAAACCGCUUGGGCCUGUGUGCUUUCUAAGCAGGGCACAAAGGAAAGUGUGUGCGAGCCCCAUGUGGCCCCCUAAGGGAGAAUGCCCUAUUUGCCUGCAGUUGGUUGCUGUGUUCCAUUGGAGAUGGGAGGUGCCACUCAAAGUGGGGUGGAACGGUGCCAGUGCUGUGGCUCAGCCCGCAGUCGUAAGAGUUCACAACAUCCUCAGCUCUUUUCUUUUCUUUUCUCCCAGGGUGAAAUGGAUCUCCCUCCUUUCUUUUGUCACUUUCAAGAUCCAGCUUCUUCGGAAACUAUGGGAUGGUGGGGAUGCUAACAAUGUACAGCGGUUGUUUUUGUGUAUAUGUUUGGGGCAGUCAUUGAGUUUGGUGUAUUUUUGGAAGGAGGGAGGUUGGAGCUAUCGAGACCAAAAAUGUAAGGGGCGAUGGUGAUGCUGAAGUGUGUGUGAAUCCCCCCUCCCUUUCUGGGUUACUUCCUCUUUGCCUGAAGUUCUCCCCUUCUAGAGGUUGAGAUGUUCUUUUCUGCCAGCGGACUGCUUUUCGACCUUUUGCUUGUCCUCGCAAGUGUUGGCCCCUUCCGGUUCAGAGGGACGCAUGCCACCUCGGAAAGCGGUUUUGCUUUCGGUCGAUUGGCGAGAGUUAGGCUCAGCGCCACUGCAGAAGGUCUGUGCCCUGCGGGAUUUAAAAACAAAUAAACUUGGCCCCUCAAAGCCAGAACUUGCCCCCUAGUUCCCCACAGACUGUUUCGCUUGCCAAGAAGGAAAACCGGCACAAGAGUGUGGCUGAAAUGUUUUUUAAAGAUUCUAUCCAGGACAGGAACUUCCUGGGCUCCUUGAUGAGGAAAGGCAGGGUAUAAAUUAUAUAUGUAAUAUAAUAUUAAGCUAAGUUUAAACGCUUUCUAGAAUCCCCAGGCAGCAAAGAGGGUCUCCCCUCAUUUCUUCCUUCUGAGAGCUCUCAUCCUGGAGUCUUGGGGGCACCUGCCAUUGCUGUUUCUUUCUCUCUUUCCGCAGCAGACUCUGGAUUUCUGCCUGACACUGCAAAGAGCAAGGCUAAAUAAUUAGUAGUCACUUUGUUCCUGUAGCGAUUGUUGAGGCGUUCUCCCACUUUGGGGGAGGGAGGGGGGUUCUGCUCCUUGCUUCGAAACGUAACCCCCGCUCAGGGUUCCUUGGGGUCCUUUCUUUCCGUGCCUUCCUUGGCCUCCACUGCAGUCCUGCACCAAAACGCGCAGAGCCUUCUUGCUUGAGCUCUGUGCUAGUUCCGAGACCAGGAAACGGCAAGAUGUGCCUUGGAAUUUCAGUUGUUCCUCGCUAUUAUUUGCAUGCUAACACGCGCAGGGGGGGGGGUGUUGUAAAGAGGAGUGAGUGUAUAUCAUGCUCGUCUCUGCAGCACGCAGUUUAAAUGUCCCCCUAUCCGGCACUUCCUUUCAUCAAAAUAAAAAAUAACAAAAUCUUGCAACGGUGGCUGUUUGGAGCGUGCGGCGCCGGGGUUCCCUCCUCCCCCUUUUAUCACCAGUGUUCUCCAUGGGACCCAGGGGGGAUAUAAACCAAGCCAAGCCACGGACGGGCACGGCUUCUCACCACUUCUUCCAGAACCGGAGCCAUAAAAGGCCUCUCUUGGAAAUUAAGUCCUUGUAAAAACACCACCAUCCCCUGUGUCUGCAUAUAGGUCAGAGGCGGAGGCUGUACAUCAUGCAAAAUCGGCAGUCAACGCGUUCACCCUGGGCAAAGGGUGAGCAGGAUGGUGCAGUGGCUGCAGCGUUAAGAAACCGACCUGCAGCCGGCUUUCUGUGGUUGUACGACCGCGGCUGGUUUCCUGCUGGGGCAAACUAGCUUUUGGUCUGUUUUGGCUCUGGCGCAUGGUACUGUGCUGGUCUUUGUAAUAAUUCAUUUUAUUAUUUAUACCUCGCCCUUCUGGCUGGGUUUCCCCAGCCACCCUGGGCAGCUUCUGGCACAUAUAAAAACAAUAAUGAAAUGUCC